AUGAGAUAUGAUUCAUGGAAAAGGGAACAAACACAAAUGUUACAAACUACGGUGUGUUAUAUUGCAUAUUCACAAGAGGAUCCACUGUCUACUCGAGCCAUGUGUACGUGGUCACAUUUUCGUUUUCAACAACAUCUGGCCCAUAAAACACGUGAACAUCCAUGGUGUCGAAUAAUUAUUUGUACAGAAGAAUAUAUAAGUAAAACUUGUGAAUUCUGUGGUUACAUCUAUCGCAAGCUAGAUGAAUCUAAAGUAUUUUGUUGUCCUAAAUGUAAAACAGAACUCGAUAGGGAUAUUAAUGAUGCUCGCAAGAUUCUUCUUCGCUACCUUACUAAAAAAAAUGAGUCAGCUUAA